AUGGCUAUGGCUGCAUCCAACAAGUCUCUCCUAGACGAAGUUACUGAGGAUUUCCUCAGCUGUUCCAUCUGUUUGGAGAUCUACAAGAAUCCUAAAGUUCUACCAUGUCUUCAUACAUACUGUCAGCAAUGUUUGGUAACUUUUAAGGAUAAAUCUGGGGUGGUUUUGAAGUGUGCAACAUGUAGAAUCCAGUGUGACACACCAAUCGAGGAAAUGAAAUCCAAUUUCUUUUUAACAAGUCUACUUGACACAUUUCAGAGACAGAGGCAGCUGAGUACUGACCAUCCACCAGUGUGUGAAACAUGUCAAGAGAAGACAGCAACUCACAGGUGUGUAGAUUGUUCACAGUUUUGCUGUGAUGUAUGUGUUACUGUCCAUGAACGCAUUCCAUCACUCCGUUCUCAUGAAGUGCUUACAAUUGACAAGUACAGGUACAGAGAGAUACAAUCUAGGGGUCAUCUCAAGGUACAGUCUAAAGUUUUCUGCAGUGUCCAUAAAGACAGCCACUUAGAAUUCUACUGUGACACAUGCCAGGUACCUGUCUGUUACAAAUGUACGAUAGUUAAACACAGAGUUCCUGAACACGUACAUAGAGAUUUACAGGAGGUAGCAGAUGAGUAUAAAACACAACUGAAGGAAAUGUUAGGACAGUUAAAAAUGAAAGAGAAACAAGUGGAGGAAGAAAAAGCAACAGCUGAAUCUACAAGAGAAGAAAUCAGAAACCAGUGUGAGGCAGAGAAAGAGAAAGUUAAGAGAAGGGCAAAGGAAGUGAUAGAGAGUGUAAAGAGAGAAGAGAAGAUGCUGAUAGAUGCCUUGGAUGAAAGUGCUAGGAUCGAACUUAAAGAUGCAGCAAUGAACAUCGAUGAGAGGGAAUUUCGCCACGGCAACAUAGUCAGCACACAUCAUUAUCUACAAACACUGGUCCAUCAUGGGAAUGCUGUACACCUACUAUCGACCAAGCCGGAAACUACAAAGCGCAUAAAAGAGAUGGUUGCUAUGGAAACAAUACCUCAUAUCAGUCAUGAUAUCACUGAAUUCAAGGCCAGAAGUGACCUUGCUACUUUGGUCGGGGUGAUCAAAUCUGAUGUCUGUCCAUCCAAAUGUACAGUUGAAAACAUCCCAAAACAACUCAUGAAAGGUGAAUCUGUCAAACUGCUCAUCACAACCAGAGAUUCCAGAGGAAAACAAAUCAUUCCCCAUCAAAAUAUCCAAGUGAAAACAAAGACCCAUGAUGCAUCAUGGGAAACCAUUGAUGUUACUGAUACUAACAAUGGGACUUAUCAUGUGACGAUAACAGGAAAGAUAGAAGGAAAAAAACUAGUUGCCAUGACGAUUGGUAACCAACAUAUACCAGGAUCACCAUUCCAUAUUCCUGUUAUCAGAGGAUUGGUACAGACGAUGGGAAAAGCAGGAAGUGAAGGAGAGCUCAGCAAUCCUUGGGGAAUAACCAUAAAUAAACAUGGUGACUUUGUCACAGCUGAUUUCAGGAACAAUAGAGUGGUCAUACAUGACAGAGAUGGAAAUUACAAACAAUCAUUUACAUUCACUGGUCAGUUUGCAGAGACAUUCACACCACUGGAUGUAGUAAUAUCAGAUGAUAAUGAAUACUUUAUGACAGAUAUCAAUAACAAUCAAAUAGUUGUGAGUGAUGAAUACGGAAAGUUGAUUAGAAAGUUUAGAAGCUCUGAAAUUGAUAAUCCACGUGGAAUUGCAAUUAAUCCUGUUACUAAGAAUGUGUAUGUGAGUGAGUGGAGUAAGCAUUGUAUUAGAAAGUAUACCCAGGGUGGUGUGUAUAUUAAGUCAUUUGGGAAAAGUGGAGAUAAGCAAGGAGAGUUCCAUAAACCUUACUUGUUAGCUAUUAACAGUAAAGGGAUGGUAUAUGUGCCAGAUUGUUUCAACCAUCGUAUUCAGGUAUUCAAUUCUGAUGACCAGUUUAUGUUUGAAUUCUCUUCCACUGGUGACAGUAGAAUGAGUCGUUCAAAGGGAGUGGCUGUAGAUAAGAAUGAUUAUGUAUAUGUAAGCAGUGAUGAUAAAGUCACUAAGCAUGACAGCUAUGGUCAGUUUAUUUGCAAGAUUGAUAGUGACAAGGAUGGACUGAGUUAUCCCUUUGGUGUAGCAGUGUGUAAUGAUGGUAGAAUAGCUGUAGUGGAUCGUGGUAAUAAUUGCAUCAAAGUGUUUGUAGAGUGA